AUGUCCAUCGCUGACAUAUUCGACGACGCCCAAAAGUUCGGCAUCAACCACAGAUCACUCACCAAACGCCUCCACAAACUCGAAGCCAAAUACGAAGCACAAAAUAAACACAGCGACUUCGAAGAAGAAAUCAAAGAUUACGUACUGCGAUGCCUAGAGGUCACAAAAUCCGAGCGCGCCGGUCAGAAUAUCGUAAAAUUCGUAUGCACGUAUUGCGCUUUCGAGCAGAGCCAGAUCUCCGAGAAAGAAGAGCAGGACGGAGAUGAUGAAGAAGACACAAACAGCGUCACAAGUCAGAUCCUGAUCAUGCUCCUGCCGCACACGGCGGCGAAAGAUAAGGUCCUACGGUACCGAGCAACGCAGAUUGUGAGUCAGUUAAUGGGAAUUGUGCAAGAGAUUGAGGAUGAGCUAUAUCAGGCGAUACGGCAUGAAUUGACAAAGCGCAUUCGCGACAAGGUGCCUGCUAUCCGUCUCGAGGCAGUCUGUGCGCUUGGUCGGCUUCUGGAGAAUGAGAUGGAUCAGGAGGCGCAAGCUGCGCAGGAGAAGAGUCGGAAUAGUGAAGAUGAAGAAAUGCUUGAUGAUGAUGAUUACGAGGAGCUGGAGUCUGCGAGCUUGCUGGAUAAAUUGCUUGAUGUCCUUCAGAACGAUACGAACGCAGAUGUGCGGAAAGCACUGUUGCUGAAUUUACCGAUUGAGCCCAAGACGCUGCCUUAUCUUCUUGAGCGAGCACGGGACAAGGAUGCUGCGGUGCGACGAGUCAUGUAUGCGAAACUCAUGCCGAAUCUCGGUGAUUUCCGGCAUUUGAGCAUGAGUAUGCGCGAAAAGCUACUGAGAUGGGGAUUGCGAGACCGCGAUGAGAGAGUGCGCAAGGCAGCGGCUAAGAUGUUCAGCACGUUGUGGAUAGAGCAGGUCGCGAAGACAAACGCACAGACCGAGACACAAAUCAAUGAAGGUAUUGUUCCUUCGAUAGAAGGCGGAGAACCUCAACAGCCGAAGAAGAAACACAUUGGAUUCUACAAUGCCGAUAUUCCUGCUCUACUCGAAUUGCUUGAAAGAGUUGAUGUGAUAAACUGCGGCCAGGAGGAUGGGGCUGGUCAAGAGGCUAUGAGCGAAUUCUGGAACUUGAGGCCAGACUAUGUGCAAGCUGUGGUUAUUGACGACACGUUUUUGGCAGAGUUGAGUCCAGAGUCAGCCUUUAUGGCUAGGACGUUUUACGACUUCUGCGCUCGAAACCCAGAACAGCAUCUCAUUGCAUUGGAGGAGAAUAAGCUGCCAGAAGUUACGAGGUUCGGCUUCCACCUUCAGACAUGUCUGAACAACGUGCUCAACAUGCAAGCUUUGUCUGAGGACGAAGUCGAGGAAGAGGCAAUCCAGGAGGCUGAGUUUAUCUGCGAACAGCUUCUCCAUAUUGCGCACACCCUCGACUAUACCGAUGAGAUCGGACGGAGAAAGAUGUUCGAGAGUCUGCGACGCGUUAUUGCUAUGCAUGACCUGCCUGAGGAGAUCACCAAGCUUGCCAUCGAAGCACUGAGACUGACUUGCACGUCGGACAUUGCUGGUGAAAAAGAGUUCAUUGCAGUGGUACAAGAAGCCAUAGCAGAAGUCCAGGAUGUACUCACCGAAGAUAAGAGUAGUAGCACAAACGAAGACAACGGAACUAACAGAGAACAUAGUCCAGCCGACGACGAGAGUUUUGUGUCUGCACAAUCUGAGCUCAGUACUCGAUCUGACGCGACUGCACGACCUGUUGAAACACAAGCCGAGCUGAGGACCAAGAACAUGACACCAGAGGAAGCAGAAGCCUAUCACUUGAAAGAGGUUUUAAUUCAACUCAAGUGUCUGAACAUUGCACAUACCCUGCUGCAGAACAUCACAAGCGACUUCUCCUCCAACAUUCCUCUGGACACGAUGAUCAACACACUGAUCAUUCCCGCGUUACACAACCAACAAGCCGCGCUCCGAGAGCGAGCCAUCGAAUGUCUGGGCCUUGCUUGCCUGCUGUCACCAGCACUAGAACGUGCUAAUAGGAGCGUGUUCGUAUACUGUAUGCGCAAAGGUCACGACGAGCUGAGGAUCUCGUGUCUGAAGAUCCUGUGCGACUGUAUCACGACUCACCACACAAAAUCUACUGACACCGAUAAUGGGCAGGCGGCAGAGCAAGUUGACCUCAGUCCGUUCGUAAAAGCAUUCGGCUAUUCUGCUGAGGUGCAAACCGUUGCCACGACGUGCGUAGCGAAACUCAUGAUGUGUGGCUUUUACAAGCCGAAGAUAGCUCCUGUUGAAGCAAAUCAAGAAGAUGAAGAGGAGGAAGGGGGUGAGAAAGUAGUUGAUGUCUUUGAGCAGGCUAUCGAAGCAGCCACAGAGGCAGGAACGAAAGGCUAUGAACUGCUGACGAAGGUGAAGGCUGCAUUAGUAGCGGACGCGAGAGGAAAGGAGCAGAUUGAAGAGCCUAGGCGGCAGAGUUAG